AUGAAAAUAGUUUCGCUCACGAUCUUACAACUUUUUGCAGAUGCACAAAGUUUGCUGCUAAACCAAAUGGAUUGGAAAAAUCUGAUGAGAAGCGGCGCAUUGGAUUUGAAUGUCUUGCGUUGUUUUUUGCGCGACAAAAACUUUUGUCCCAGUCCCUAUAUCGAACAUCGUCUCUAUGCACCCACUGGGCCACGCAGCGGACUACCGUUGAACAUCCACAAUCCGUUGUCAUUGUACAAGGGCGGAUUUGGGAAACAGCGCGAAACGGUCUUCAUAGUGCAUGGCUUCAAUGGCACGGCGACAGACAAGCAUCUGCAGUUUCUGAGGGACGCAUAUUUGAUGCGCGACUUUAAUGUGAUCACCGUGGAUUGGCGACCUCUUACACGAUAUCCUUGUUAUCUCCAUUCUCUAAUCAACACGCGACUAACUGCUCAGUGUACAGCCCAAGUAUAUUCGUUUCUCACGCAUUAUGGCGCCACACGUGAGAAGAUCACAUGUGUGGGACACUCGCUGGGCGCCCACAUCUGUGGCAUGAUUAGCAAUCAUCUGACCAAGAAGCAAUAUCGCAUUAUCGGCUUGGACCCCGCACGACCGCUUAUUGAGCGCAAGAAGAGUAAUCGAUUUCGCUUAUCGAUAGACGACGCGACUGUUAUACAAGUGCUCCACACAAAUGCGGGCUUCUUGGGGCAAGAGGACAAUACGGGGCAUCUCAAUUACUGUAUUAAUGGAGGUCGCGUGCAGCCCUUUUGCAAGGGCAAUCCAAUUAGGCGCUCUCGGUGCUCGCAUUUUCUGAGCAUUUGCUAUUUGGCCACGGCGACCAUGAAGCACACCAAAUUUAUGGGCGUGCCGUGUCCCAAUGGUUGCGUAAAUCUUUCGGGGCCAAAACGUUUGCCCGUUAAUGGUCGCAUUAAUCCAUUUGAGUUUGUUUCGCUGUUGCGAGAUUAUAAAAUAGGCAACGACGCGCCCGACGACGCGCGCGGCUGUAUUUGCAUUGAUGUGCCGUAUGCCAAACACUGUCCAUUCACAGAUGCGUAGAAGUAUAUAUAAGUUGUAGUUGUAAUUAUUAGUUUAAGAUUUUUAAUAAUAAACUUUAGCGCGUAAACAAAAUUUCCACUUGUUACUUUUC